AUAAUCUGAAUAUGACUCAUCAACAUUGUGUUUUGGCCGGGCGGCAGUCAAGAUUCAGCUCCACACACAGAGUGGCAGAAUGCUCAACAGGGACCCUGCCAUACAUCCUGGACAAAUGCAAGGCGGCGCUGGAGAAUCUGAACACCGAUGCUGAUUUGAAGGUCCCGUGCUUGAAAUCAUUGGAGGUCGGAGAUAUAACGCAAGUGGAAAAAACUCACAAUGAGGUGGAAUUUGAAUGGCUACGACAGUUUUGGUUCCAGGGGAAACGGUACAGAAGAUGUACUGAUUGGUGGGACAAGCCCAUGGCCAAUCUAGAAGACCUUUGGAGACAAAUGGAGCUCAUGACGAGUCUACUGCUCCGUGAAUUACGAAAAGAAGAACAGAUGGAGGAACAAAGGAAUGAAAAAAUCAGCAGCCUUCUCCCCCUCCUGGUUGAACGACAAGCUCGGCGUCAAGAGUGGCUGGUGAGGUGAGAAAGUGGCAUUGAAUGAGAGCACAGUAGGCCCUUGAUACGUUUAGAAAAA